CUAAGAAAAAUCUUCCAAUUCUCUCAAACCCAACAAAAUCUUGACUUUCCUUAUUCUUCAUAAAAUUCUUAAAGGGGAAAAAAAUGAAUGACUUGAUGACUCAAUCGUUCACGAACUAUGUGGAUCUGAAGAAAGCUGCUAUGAAAGAUAUCGACCUCGAAGCCAGUUUUGAAACGGUGUCAUCUGAUACCGACAAUGGCGAUAUGGGGCUCUUCCUUGAAGAGGCUGAGAAGGUGAAAUUGGAGAUGGGUUCUAUUAGAGAGAUUCUGGGAAAGCUUCAGCAGGUCAAUGAGGAGACGAAAUCUGCUCAUAAACCCGAAACUCUCAAAUCGCUUCGUCAGAUGAUUAAUGGCGACAUCGUUACCGUCCUGAAGAAGGCUCGAUCGAUCCGUUCUAAACUUGAGGAAAUGGACCGUGCUAAUGAUGCUAAGAAGCGGCUCUCGGCCAGCAAAGAAGGAACUGCCAUUUACCGGACUCGUAUCGCGGUGACCAACGGCCUAAGAAAGAAGCUAAAGGAGCUAAUGAUGGAGUUUCAAACCCUAAGACAAAGGAUGAUGAUGGAGUACAAAGAGACGGUGGGGCGACGAUACUUCACGGUGACGGGGGAGCACCCAGAGGAGGAGGUGAUAGAGAAGAUAAUAUCGAAUGGAGGGGAGGAGUUUUUGGGGAGGGCAAUAGAGGAGCACGGGUGGGGGAAGGUAGCGGAGACGGUGGUGGAGAUACAAGACCGACACGGGGCGGCGAAGGAGAUCGAGAGAAGCUUGCUAGAGUUGCACCAGGUGUUCUUGGACAUGGCAGUGAUGGUGGAAGCACAAGGGGAGAAAAUGGAUGACAUUGAACACCAUGUGAUGAAUGCUUCACAAUAUGUAAGAGAUGGGAGUAAGGAUUUGAAGAGUGCUAAGGAUUUGCAAAGGAUCAAUAGGAAAUGGAUGUGCUUUGGGGUUUUGCUUUUGCUCAUUAUUAUUUUGGUUGUUGUUAUUCCCAUUGCUGUUAGUUUUGGGAGUUCUUGA